AAACCCGGUCAGAGAGGCCUAUCAGAAACUUGUUAUUGGUCACCACUCACCAGCAUUGUUUUCAAAGGAUUUUUUGGAGCUAGUAGGAAGAAAGAGAAAGGGGCCUUUUCAGAGUUCAAAGUGCUGGGAUUUUGGUAGAGAAAACAAGAAGAAACAGAAGGAGAUCUUAUAAAAUUUUCUUUAUUUUUUUUUAUUUUUCUUUUUCAACCAUGGAUGUGGGGAGUCCCAUGGAGAGAGGAGAGCACAAGCCAUUGAACGAGCCUUUGCUUGAUCAAAGCUCUUCUUGGAGCUAUCAAGAUGAUGAUGCACAAUUGGAAUCACCAUUUCCCCCUCAUCUAAAGCACAAGCCCUUUGAUUGGAGAGCACCAGGCAUCAUUCUUGCUUUCGAAUUCUUAGAGAGCAUAGCAUACUCCGGGAUCGCUCUCAACUUAGUCGUGUACCUUACCACCGUGCUCCACAGCGAUAAUGCUUCUAGUGCCGCGAACGUUGAUACGUGGACCGGAACGACCUUCCUCGCGCCGUUGCUAGGAGCUUUUCUAGCUGAUACUUAUUUGGGAAAUUACAAGACCAUCGCCAUUUCUCUUAUACUCUAUCUCCUUGGAAUGAUAGUGAUCACAUCCUCUGCUAUUAUUCCAUCUCUAAGGCCUUCUCCGUGCAAUGGAAGUUCAUGCCCCCCUGCGAGUGGACUUCAGUAUAUUGUACUCUUUUGCGCGUUAUACCUUGUCGCUCUCGGAACCGGAGGGGUGAAAUCGGCUUUACUACCCUUCGGCGCUGAUCAGUACGAUGAACUAAAUCCUGUAGAGAAUCAGAAGAAGCAGUUUUUCUUCAGUUGGUUCUUCGUCGCUGUCAAUUUGGGAGUGUUCACUGCAGGGACUGUUAUAGCUUGGGUUCAGCAGAACAUGGAUUGGGCUCUCGGGUUCGGGCUCGCGGGUUCGUGCCUGAUUCUCGCCUCGAUCGGGUUCUUUGUUGGGACGCCGAUUUACCGGGUCCGGACGCCCAGCGGCAGCCCUUUGAAGAGCGUUGUAAAGGUCGUGAUUGCUUCUAUGAAGAAGAUGAAAGUGGAGACUCCCUCAGAUGGCGCACUUUUGUAUGAAGAGGAGGAUGAGAAGUUAGCUUCUCUGGGACAACACAGAUUAGCACGUACUGAAGAAUUCAAGUGCUUAGACAAGGCUGCUAUCAUCACAGACCCUGCAGCCGAUCCGAAGGAUAGCUCCGGCGAAAACCCUAGCAGCUCAUGGCUACUCUGCACUGUGACACAAGUGGAGGAAGUAAAGAUCCUGCUGCGCAUGCUUCCGAUCUGGGCCACCGGAAUCCUCUAUUCUGCAGCAUGUUGCCAGCUCACCACCACAUUCAUCCAGCAAGGCAAUGCCAUGGACACCGCCGUCUUCGGCUCCUUCGCCAUCCCCGCGACGUCCCUCAACUCCGUCGAGGUGAUCUUCAUGAUGGUGUGGGUUGUGAUCCAUGACAAGAUCGUCAUACCAAUCGCCAGAAAGCGGCUGGGGAACCCUGCCGGGCUCUCGCAGCUGCAGCGGAUGGGCGUCGGUCGGUUCCUGCUGAUCCCGUCGAUGGCGGCCGCAGCGAUCAUCGAGGCCUGGCGAUUGAAGAGCGUCGGAGCAGCAGGACAUACUCUCAGCAUUGCAUGGCAGAUGCCCCAAUACCUAAUCCUGGCGGGCUCCGACGUGUUCUGCGGGAUCGCGCAGCUUGAGUUCUUCUACGGUGAGGCACCGGAGACGAUGAGGAGCAUGUGCUCGGCGCUCUCCUUCCUCGCGAUCUCGCUCGGCAAUUACGUCAACUCUUUGAUCAUCACAAUUGUCUCCGCCAUCACACGGACGGGCGGCCGCCCCGGUUGGAUUCCGGCUGGCGAUCUCAACCGCGGCCACCUCGACUACUACUUUUGGCUGAUCACUGCAAUGAGCGCCGUGAAUUUUGUGGUCUACGUUGUCUUCGCGAGAAACUACACGUGUAAGAAAGUUGUGGUGCAAGGAUGAAUCAUGAAUUAUAUCAGUUUCAUUUGUAUUUUUUGAGAAAAAAUAAACUAGACUUACAAGGUGGAUGCAGCUAAGGCUUCCGAAAAAAAAAAAAAAGUGCAAAAAAAAAGAAAAAAGAAAAAAGGGUCUUAGAUUCUGAAUUUGGAUUAGACUCAUAAUAGACUCUGAAUUUGUAUUAGACUCAUUUGUAUUAGACUCUGAAUUUGGAGGACACUUCGAAAAGUGCCAAAAAAAGAAAAGUGUCAUUUGUAUUAGACUCUGAAUUUGGAGGACACUUCGACUCAUAAUAGUUUUUUUUUU